AUGGGGGCGCCCCCAGGCUACCGACCCUCCGCUUGGGUGCAUCUGCUUCACCAGCUGCCCCGCGCCGACUUCCAGCUCCGCCCGGUACCCAGCGGUUUCGCGCCCCAAGAGCAAGAAUACCAGCAGGCCCUGUUGCUGGUGGCAGCCUUGGCAGGCCUGGGCUUGGGCCUGAGCCUCAUUUUCAUUGCUGUCUACCUCAUCCGCUUCUGCUGCUGCCGGCCCCCAGAGCCCCCCGGGGCCAAAAGCCCCCCACCUGGGGGAGGCUGUGUCACCUGGAGCUGCAUCGCUGCCCUUCUCGUCGGCUGCGCCGGCAUUGGCAUCGGUUUCUAUGGCAACAGCGAGACCAGUGAUGGGGUGUCCCAGCUCAGCUCGGCACUGCUGCAUGCCAACCAUACGCUCAGCGCCAUAGACCACCUGGUGUCAGAGACGGUGGAGAGGCUGGGUGAGGCCGUGAGGACAGAGUUGACCACCCUGGAGGAAGUGCUGGCUCAGCGUACGGAACUGGUGGCUGCCGCCCGCGGGGCUCGGCGGCAGGCAGAGGCAGUGGCCCAGCAGCUCCAGGAGCUGGCCUUCUGGAGGGGAGUGCCCUUGAGCCCCCUGCAAGUGGCUGAAGAUGUGUCCUUUGUGGAGGAGUACAGGUGGCUGGCCUAUGUUCUCCUGCUGCUCCUGGAGCUGCUGGUCUGUCUCUUCACCCUUCUGGGCCUGGCAAAGCAGAGCAAGUGGCUGGUGAUCGUGAUGACAGUGAUGAGUCUCCUGGUUCUUGUCCUGAGUUGGGGCUCCAUGGGGCUGGAGGCAGCUACAGCUGUGGGCCUCAGUGACUUCUGCUCCAGUCCUGACACCUACAUCCUGAACCUGACCCAGGAGGAAACUGGGCUCAGUUCAGACAUCCUGAGCUAUUACUUCCUCUGCAACCAGGCGGUCUCCAACCCCUUUCAGCAGAGGCUGACUCUGUCGCAGCGAGCUCUGGCCAACAUCCACUCCCAGCUGCAGGGCCUCGAGCGGGAAGCUGUCCCCCAGUUCCCUUCUGCGCAGAAGCCUCUGCUGUCCUUGGAGGAGACGCUGAAUGUGACGGAAGGAAACUUCCACCAGCUGGUGGCGCUGCUGCACUGCCGCGGCCUGCACAAGGUGCGCCCCGUCCCCCAAAUUCUUCCAGGGAGCCCGAGACAUCCCUGCGCUUCUCUCACCUGCCAUAGAGCUGAUCUCUACCGCCCCGCCACCCCCGUCUGUCCGUCUGUCAUCACCUUCGCUCGCUCCGCCAGCCCUCUCUCAUAUGCUCCUUCCCCGCCCCAUCCUGCUGCCACCCACCUCCUUCCCCCUCCCCCCCUCCCCCAAUCGUCUCUCUCCUGGAGCCCUGGCAGCUUCGUGAAUUCUGGGGCCCGACAGCCUGGGCUCCUCACCUCCGGCUCAGGGGCCACAGUCUGUUAGAGUGACUCACUGAGCCCGGCUUUACUAGAUGCGGCACAGGUGGGACACAUCUGAGCCCUCGGUUUGUCAUGCCCUCUGAAGGAAAUGCUGUCAUCACGGCACCGCAUGCACCAUGACGUGCCUGUGAGCCUCCACUGCCAGGCAGUCAUCCAGGGUCAUCCCUUGGCUUCCUCACCCCAACCCCAUUCCCAGGGCCUGCUGCCCCCCAGGCCUAGUCUUCCCCCCAGGGGAGCACCCAUGCCUCAUCCCCCCUCUAGUCUGUCCUCCCAGUGGCUCUCCAACAGGACUGCCAGAUUUAGCAAACAACAAAUAUCUCUUUCCUGUAGGUAGGUCCCACGCCAUAGUGGGGACAUGUUUGUACUAAAUAUUUUUUGUGGUUGGGCAUCCUGCCUUUGAUCUGGCGACUGCAUCAGAGGGAUCCAUCUGUCCCACAGCACCGACCUGACCUGGCCCUUGCUGGGAUCCGCACCCCUUCCACAGCUCCCACUGUCCCCAGAGCGUCUCAGAUUGGCACUGCAGCACAGGGGCAGUGGCCGUGAGGGAGGGGCAAGGAAUCAACACUCAGAAUUGCUGAGUACCUGAGCUGCAGGACUCCAGAAGGCAACCCUGCUCUUUCGUUCAAGGGUAAACUGAGGCCCACAAAUUUCUCUCCAGUCCAGGCUGACCCUGGUCUGGAUCGCACUUCCCAAGGUUCACUGUGGACAGAGGGAAGGGAGGGAGGGUGGAGAGUGGGUCAGUCUCACCCUACUUGUGCACCGCGUGACUCGGGGCCCCUGUUUCCCCUCUCUGGGCUUCAGCGUUCCCACAUAAUACAUCCAGGAUUGAGGGACAUCAGGGAUAAAGUGGCGGGAAGGUGUCUCUGGAGCCUGACAGAUUUGGCUCUAAUCCAGCUCUACCCCUUCCAGGUUGUGUGACUCUGGGCAAGUGGCUUGCCCUCUCUGGGCUUCAACUUUCUGCCCACGAAAGGCAGCAAUGUGAGGGGGCCCAGAUCUCUGUCUUGCAGGGCUAGGAGGAGCAUGAAAGGACAUGGUCUAGGUGCCUGAAACAGUAAAAAGAGAAUGCGUCAUUGCUCUGACUUGGGUCCCAUGCCCCUGGCUUGGGUUUCACUGGCAUAGUACCAGACACAGCUUCCACCCCCCUUCCCCACCCAGGGGCUCAAGAUGGAAACCUAGGAUCAUCCUUUUUGCCGUCUGUCCCCACCUCCCACACCCACUCCCCAGGCAAGCUCUGCCACCUGAAGCCCAUCUGGACACGGAGCACGGCUCCCUCCGCCACUGCUGCUACCCUGGUCACCCUCCUCACCUCCUACCCAGGAGCCACAGAGCAUUUUCCCUGUCCCCCUGCUUCCCUCCCCCCCCAUCUGUCCUCCCCCACAGCCAGCAGCUGGGUGAGCCUCUCUCCCACAAUCCGAUCAAAUUCUUUCUCCACUAAAACCCUCCAGUGACUCCCCUGCUCACGGAUUAAAGUCUGGCUCCUGGCCGUCACCUGCAAGCCCCACCCCCAAGACCCUCCCGGGCUGGUCCCAGGCUCAGGCCCUUGCACCA